AUGGGGGCUACAGCCUUAAAUGUAAACACAUUAUGUGCACUCCAAAAAGAAUUGGCUAUGUAUUGUACAUCUUUUAAACGAAAACAACCAAACCGCAUUCAUGAAAUGGCUUGCUUCGCGUUCACCGAAUUUCCUACAGAGAGUUCUCCCUAG